GGUGAUGUUUAUAAAUUUUUAAGAGGAAGUUGUAGAGGAUGCGAUAACCUUUCUUUUUAUGCUCUUCAAUAUAAUAGCCUUCUGAGAUAUGAAAAUUACCGUGUUUAGUUUCUCGGAAAUCUUCCAUCUGUAGUCGGUCGAUGAAAUUUUAGUAUAGAACGAUUUAUAAAGAAAGAGUUUCAUUAGUCAUUCCUCUCGCUACUUAUAUUCAAGUUAAAUGCUUUAUGUCAAAAGAAAAAAAACAUAAAAUAAUACGUUGUUCGUGUAUUUUUUUUUCAAUUUUUUACGUAUUUUUAGUCAACCAUUACAGGAAAAUAUCUUAAAUAGAAUACAGAGACUUGAAAACUAUAUGCGACUAAUUAGUAAUCAAGUAAUAAUGAAUUUUUUUGUAGUUGGAUUUCUUUUUGCACUUAUUUCAUAUAAAAAAUUUUCAUUUAGCAAGCUAUUAUGUACGAUUAUCUUGAACACUUGAUAGAUGAUUCAAAAACUAGCAAUGGUAAACGUAUCAAACUACCUGAACGACAUCAUUUAGAUCCUGAAUGA